AUGGCAAACAUAUGGAAAUCCAAACUCAUUCCCUUAGACCCAUGGACCAGGAUUGAAGGAGGAGAACUAGAAGGAGUUCGAGUCUGUGCCAAGGACCAAACAAAGGAGCUCAAAGUCGGGUGCGAGCUGCAGCCCUCUACCCGAAGCAAGAUUGUGGCUUUCCUUAAACAAAACCUUGAUGUCUUCGCCGUGGAUCACAGUGACAUAAGAGGAAUAGAUCCCAGUAUUACAUGCCACAAAUUACAGGUGGAUCCUUCAGUUCGGCCAAAGCAGCAAAAACGACGACCUCUGAACCCUGAAAGAUAUGAAGCACUCAACAAGAAGGUGCAAAAGCUGUUGAACAAUGGUUUUCUCCGUGAAGCGAAAUACUCGAAGUGGGUUGCGAAUUCGAUCCUUGUGAAAAAACACAACGGAGAUUGGAUGAUAUCGAUGUACGGCCUGGAUCAGGAACAUACCUCGUUUGUAACUGACCGAGGUCUUUAUUGCUACAGAGUAAUGCCAUUUGGUCUCAAAAACGCUGGCGCCACCUACCAACGACUUGUGAAUUCCAUGUUUUUCCAGCAGAUCGGAAAGACAAUGGAAGUGUAUGUUGAUGAUAUGCUGGUCAAAAGCAUCAAGGCCAAGGACCACUGUCGGUACCAGACCGAAAUGUUUGAUAUACUGAGGAAGUAUGGAAUGAAGUUGAACCCGAGGAAAUGUGGUUUCGGGGUCAGUUCUGGAAGAUUCCUAGGUUACAUUGUAAACAACCGAGGAAUCGAAGCAAAUCCUGAAAAAAUACAAGCUGUCAUCCAAAUGAAGUCUCCAACCAAACCUAGAGAGGUACAAAGUUUAACCGGAAGGGUUGCCAUCCUCAGUCGGUUCAUCUCCAAGUUUACGGACCGCUGCAAACCCUUCUUCGACACGUUACGAGGAGGAAAGAAGUUCGAAUGGACCAAAGAAUGUCAGGACGCCUUUAACGAGCUAAAGAGACAACUAGCCCGACCUCCAUUGCUUUCAAAACCUAAGGCAAGCGAGGCCCUGAAACUAUAUUUAUCUAUUUCAGAGCAUGCCAUUAGUUCCGUUCUAACCCGAGAAGAAAAUGGCGUUCAACACCUAGUUUAUUAUGUAAGAAAAGCUCUUCACGAAGCUGAGCUUAGAUAUUCACCUGUAGAGAAACUGGCAUUUACCCUGCUGAUAGCAGCGCGAAAAUUGAGGCCAUAUUUCUUGGAACACACCAUUGAGGUCCUUACUAACUCUCCAUUGAGGCAAACGCUGCAAAAGCUCGACACCUCUGGUUGCAUGAAAGAAACCCCUUGGAAACUUUAUGUCGACGGUUCAUCCACCGAAAAACGAUCUGGAGUCGACGUCGUAUUAAUCAGCCCUGAUCACCGCAUAUUCUACGAAGCUUUGCCAUUUGACUUUAAAGCCUCAAAUAAUGAGGCUGAGUACGAAGCUCUCAUUGCCGGAGCAAGGAUGAGCUCAGGGUUAGGGAUCUCCGACCUGAUCCUACACAGCAACUCCCAACUAGUCAUGAAUCAGAACGGUCACGCCGAUGCACUGGCCCGCCUAGCCACCAGUGAGGGAAUCGAAGAGUUCGAUAGCAUCCCCGUAGGAAGAAUAUCCCUACCGUCCACCGAGCUGGCUAAAGUGGUCCUUAUGAUGAUAGACCCCAAACCAACUUGGCAGGACGAUAUCAUCGCUUACCUGAAAAUCGGGAAAUAUCUCGAAAACUCUGUAGAGGCUAGAAAGCUCCGAAUAAGGUCGGCUAGGUACACACACAUUGAUAAUAUACUAUACAAACGGGGAUAUUCUACGCCUUUGUUAUGGUGCUUGAACGAAGGAGAAGCUCAGCACGCCCUGCAGGACGUUCACGAAGGAAUAUGUGGAAACCAUUCCAGUGGACUUUCACUAGCCCACAAGAUCAUACGACAAUGA